AUGGUGAUGUAUUCCGCCCAUCAUGUUGCCCACGUCGUGUUGUCUGAUUUGUUCUGGCAGGCGCUCAGCAAAGUGGCUUGUGUCCAGGCUUGCCUUGGCAUCUCCCAACAGCGAGUUGCGGACGACAAAGCGUUGCCGGAGGGAUCUGCGGGUGUUUUUCCCAGCGUAGUACGCGCGGCAGAGCGUACUCUCGGUGGCGAUGACGGGUUAGCGCCGCCGGAGCGCUGGGAACACGCUCGCGUCAGGGGUGUGACGACGGGGAGGGCCUGCGUUUCUGGAGUCCUCGGCCUCGUCGAGGGGAGCGACGUGUUGUGGUCGAAGGACUGUUGUGGUAUGGCGAGUGUAAACCGAGGCGCAGGUGGGAGCAUGGUUCCGAGAUGUUCGAGAUGCCAAAAGUUCUGGCGUGACAAUGUGAAGGGACGUAUGGAGUCCUUCCACGGGGACGCGGCGAAGAACACCGCGAUCGACCACCUCAGCACCGCUCAGAAGAAAACGAGGAUUCUGGAGUCGGCGGCAGACUUGAAGGCGACGCAAGAGAAACAACAGCGGUUGGAGCAGAAAACGAUGAAGUAUCUGGAGGAGUGUAGGGAGUUUCCGGAUGACCAAGGGGACGCUAUCCACAAAUUUCUCAUCGCUGACUCGACGAGGACGCUGCUCGACAAGAAGCUCCCGGCGGAAAGCGACGAGAGGACUCUCCUGAACGAUCUCAUCCAAGGGAACCUGGCCAAGGGCAACGGGAGAGGGUACCGCUUCCACGAGUCGACGUUGAGGUUCUGCAUCUACUACAGCGGGGUUGCAGGCACGGCCGCGUACAACGCGCUGAGGGAAGUGCUGCAUCUGCCCUUCCCUUCGCACAUUAGGCAUCUGCGAGAAAAGGCGGUCCCCCCAGGCAGCGGCGUGCUGGUGGAUAACAUCCAGAUGUUCUUCAUCAGCUUGGCCAAGCCAGUGCGCUCCUUUCAGCUGCGAGCCGCUACGGUCGAGUUCAGCGCUUUCGCACAAGGCGAUGACGAGGAGUCCUUCUCCAACUUCCCGGUCGCCCUUCGUCAUUCUGUCCACCUCGGCCCGAUGUUCAAUGUCAGCGAUCCUCCACAUCUCGUGAAGAAGAUCGCAAACACCCUCUGGCACAGUGACCUCACGGGUGCUAUCAGGGACGAUGGUACGUAUCAUCGAGCAGAUCCAGCACGACCGCUUGACCGAGGGAAAACCCCCCGACUUGCAAUUGGAGAGCUAAGCGGCACUCGCGUCGAGGAUGGACGCCUUCGUCGACAUUUUCAGGCAAGGAACUUCGGCCGGUCGGACUACGCGCGCAAGAACGGUCUAGACAAGAUGGUGAGCUACAUCAGAUCGGCCGACGACUCGAAACUAGAAGAAGUCAUGGACAUCCUGCUGUUGUUCGACGAGUGGCGGGCCUCGCUGGAGGCUAGACCGACGCUGGGCGACGGCGCCUGGAAGGCGCACUUCAUCACCGACCACUCGUGGACCGACAUCCGGGUGUGCAUUCUCGGCACUGUCAGUAUGUGUCGAUACGUGUUCGAAGAAGACUCGACGUUCAAGAUCCCCCCGCUGAGCGAUGUUCCCCACUUCAUCAACCUUCGCUAUAUAGGCCAGGCAAGUCAGAAGAAUGCCGAGAGAAAGCGGAAGGCGAACGAUAGAGCGCGCAAAAUCUCCAUUAGGGAAAAGCGCAAGCUGAGAGUCGGGUCGUGGAACGUGUGCGGGUUCGCAAGCAGUGAGCGCAAGCGGUUGGAAAUAGUGGACCAAGUAGAAGAAAGCGAUCUAGAUGUAGUGGGGAUCCAAGAGACGUGGGAAUUGAAGGAUGGUGACGUGGCGAUCGGGCAGCACGGAGAAGACAAAGUGAAUGACAACGGAGUGAGGAUGCUUGAAUUCUUGGGAAGCAACGAACUGAUGGUGUUGAACGGUAGGAGGGCAUGCGAUAAGCCGGAGUUCACCAGGCAACGGGCAGCUUGCAAUGAAUACUCAAUCCUCGACUACAUCCUGGUAGAUAGGGGGAGCACGCAGAUCCCAGAGCUGCACGUGAGUGCGAUAGAUAUAGCUUCGACCGACCACUUCCUCAUAUGGGCAAACAUCGACCGAUCUAGGAAGAUGGAGAGUAAGAAACAGAGGAAAGUGUUCCGGUGGAAAGUAGAGCAUUUGGGAGACGAGGGGACACGGGAUGAAUUUCAGAAGGGACUGGCUGGUAGUGUAGAACCCUUAAGAAAACUGCUGAGAAGCGUCGAAGACGGACAGGUAGACGUACAAGCAGCAGGGGACAGGGUGAUUGAAGGGUGGGAGUCCAUAGUGAACGUAACGGUAGAGAAGAGUAGUGGGAAAGAAGGUGGGGAACGUAGAGAAGUGUUUAAGCAGUACCUGAGUGAGACGUCUGAGGAGAGUUGGGAAAAGUACAGGGCCAAGAAAAAACAGGUGAAGGGACUAGUGAAGAAGAAGAAAAAGUGUAAUUGGGACGAAGUAGUACAGAACGCCAACGGACUCUCUCUCCCUUCCCCUUCCCUCGUCCGAGGCACUGCCCCCUUCACCAUCCUCCUCCACCUGGGCAUCGACCCCCCUCUUGUGUUUGUCUUCAUCCUUCACGUGCCCUUGGUCUCCCCCAUUAUCUGACGUACGAGAAAAAAAAUGACCCGCGUCAGGUGUCUGUGACCUUCUGUUUCUGCGCAUUUCGCUUGUUUGACGCAAGUAGUAUUCCUCCCCACCCCUUUUACUUCGUGGGGCUAACACCUGAAACCCUGGCAUUGCCAUUGCCUCCAUUGCCAUCCUCUGAUCUGCGCUGAGGCGCAUUGCCCCUUCCCCCNCGAGAAAAAAAAUGACCCGCGUCAGGUGUCUGUGACCUUCUGUUUCUGCGCAUUUCGCUUGUUUGACGCAAGUAGUAUUCCUCCCCACCCCUUUUACUUCGUGGGGCUAACACCUGAAACCCUGGCAUUGCCAUUGCCUCCAUUGCCAUCCUCUGAUCUGCGCUGAGGCGCAUUGCCCCUGCCCCCGAGCCUCUCGUCGGACUCCUUCCCCGACUCGCAGACACAUGACUCUCCCACAUUUCUCUGCCUCGAUCUGAAGUGAUCUGCGUCAGUCCUUUUGCUAGACUUGAAGACACACCUUUUUCCAAGUCACCCACCGCCGUCCCACCCUUGUGCGACACACUUUCCCCCCCAGCGUGCGCACUACCCUCGUAACCGCCCUUACCCCCAGGCCUUCCACCCUUUCCUCCAGAGACCUCAGCCUCUGUCCGUUGUGCAUCCUCGGAUGUCUGCUGUACACUCUUAGAUAGCACUUCCCUUGUCUGACGUGAGUCUCCAACUUCAACGUCUCCCCCCGACAUCGUUUUCCUUUCCUCCCAAGGUCUCUCUGUCAUCGCUUCCCCUUUCACUGACAGCGCUUUAGCCGCCGACUCAUCCCCUCCCGUCGACAACUCAUCCAUCCCACCGCCCUUAGAACCACUGCCACCCGUGUGGUCCGAGUGCCCAGCCCUUCCUUCAUCGCUGUUCACUUCCCCCCCCUCACCUCUCUGUGCCAUGGGA